AUGGACAUCGUGGAGAGGGUCUUCUCUGUGGCCCAGGCCAUCCAUGCCCAAUUCGAGCAGGUGAAGUGCUGCAAGCACCAGUGCCAGCGCCUCGUGGAGCGCAUCCAGAUUCUGCUGGAGCCCGUGAGGAUCCUCAGGGCUCAGCCACGACAGCACAUCUCCCACCACGAAGAGGAACUGAUGAAAAAGCUGCUCCAGGCACUGGAGGAAGCCCAGAAACUGGUGAUGAAAUACAGCCAGACCAGCUGGAUCCAGAAGUUCCUGCGAGCCCGGAGUACUGGCGAGGAGUUUGUCUGGGUGAACGAAAGCCUGGAGGACAUUGCCCAGGGGCUCUCCCUGCUGCUGCAGGCAGAGCAGAAACAGGCUUUCCUGGAAGCUUUCCAGUCAAAGACGUGUCGCAGGCAGGAUGCUGAGGACCUGAGGGAUGACAGAGCUUUCUUGGACCAGGUGAUUGCAAGUACUGAGGAGCCCAAAGAUGUGCUUGAGGAGAUCUACAUCGACAGGGAGUGUAUGGAGAGCAAGAUGGACUGGAUGAAAAGCGAGCUGAACAAAGUCAUUCGUGAGAUGGAGCGCUUGAAGAAGGUCAACGUUGGUAAAAGAGAAGACAUCACUGAGAUCAAGCGAGACCAGCUCACCUUCCACAGGCACCUGCAGGACACAGAGAGCUAUGACCUGUACGAGGGCGAGUACCUCAAGUACCCUGUUGCCAUCAAAACCUUCAAGAGGCCACUGACCACUGACCCAGUCAAGGUGAGAGACAUCUUUGAGAAGGAGAUUCAGACCCUGAAGAAGUUUGAGUCUCCAAACAUCCUUCGCAUGUACGGGAUCUGCAUUGAGGAGAACGAUGGGAGCCCCUGCUUCUCCAUUGUCAUGGAGUACUGUAAGCACGGGACGCUGCGGGAUGUGCUGAACAAGCAGCAGAAUCUUUCCUGGGACAUCCGCAGUCGGAUGGCCCUGGGAGCUGCCAGAGGCCUUUACAGGUUGCACCAGACAGGGGAGAAGUCCCGACUCCACGGCUGCAUCUGCAGCAGCAAGUUCCUGGUGGCUGGGGAUUACUGUGUGAAGCUGUCAGGAUUUGAGCUGUGUGAAACAGAAUCAUCCAUCAAGAGGAAAGCCAAGAAGGACUGGAAACAAGUCUCUAUGUUGGCCUACAUCGCUCCAGAGAACCUGAAAGACAUCAACUACCCUUACAAGAGUCCCUGUGAAAUAUACAGCUUUGGGAUCGUUCUGGCAGAGAUUGCAACCUCCAAAAUCCCAUUUGAAGGCUGCACUCCUGAGGAGAUCGUGGAGAAAAUCUGCAAUCACCAUUACUGGGACCCUCUUGGGGAAGAUUGUCCUGAGGAUCUGAGGAAAAUCAUUGAGCAGUGCCAGGCCUUUGACCCUUCCCAGCGCCCUUCUGCCGAGGAGAUUGUGGACUCGCUGGCUGACCUGGAGAAAAGCAGGAACCAAGGAAGUUAA